AUGGCCGAUUCCGAGCAGAAGCCCCAGGAGCAGCAGGCUCAGGCCGCCCAGGGGGACCAGCCCGCCGCCCCUGCCGGUCCCUCCAAGAGCGCUCUCAAGAAGGCUGAGAAGCAGGCCAAGAUGGCCGCCGAUAAGGCUGCAAAGGCCGCCAAACAGGCCUCGCUCCCCGUCGUUGGUGGCAAGAAGACGGACGACAUCAUCGGCAUCACCGUCUCCAAGAGCGAGGACUUCUCUGCUUGGUACCAGGAGGUCGUCCUCAAGGCCGAGAUGGUCGAGUACUACAACGAGAUUGCCGGCUUUUUUAUCUUGCGCCCCGCCUCCAUGUACAUCUGGAGCGCCAUUCGCAAGUGGUUCUCCGACAAGAUCGAGCUCAUGGGUGUCGAGGAGACGAGCUUCCCCAUUUUCCUGUCGUCCAAGUCGCUGGAGAAGGAGAAGGACCACGUCGAGGGAUUCGCCCCUGAGCUGGCCUGGGUUACCAAGGCUGGCGACAAGGACCUCGAGGUUCCCGUGGCCGUCCGCCCUACCUCCGAAGCCGUCAUGUACCCCUACUACUCCAAGUGGAUCCGAAGCCAUCGCGACCUCCCUCUCCGUCUGAACCAGUGGAACUCGGUCGUCCGCUGGGAAGCCAAGCAGACCACCCCCUUCCUGCGCACCAGGGAGUUCCUGUGGCAAGAGGGUCACACAGCGCAUCUGACGGAGGAGCUCGCCGGCAAGGAGGUUCUUGAGAUUCUCGAGCUCUACGCUGGUGUGUACGAGCAGCUCCUCGCUGUCCCCGUCGUUCGCGGAACGAAGACGGAGAACGAGAAGUUUGCUGGUGGUUUCUAUACUACCACCGUCGAGGGCUACAUCCCAUCCAACGGCCGUGGCAUCCAGGGUGCCACGUCUCACUGCUUGGGCCAGAACUUCAGCAAGAUGUUUGACAUUACUGUGGAGGACCCCGUCAACAAGGGCAACCACAUUCACGUCUGGCAAAACUCGUGGGGUCUGUCGACUCGUGUCAUCGGUGUCAUGGUCAUGAUCCACGGUGACGACAAGGGUCUUGUUCUGCCCCCUCGCAUCGCCAAGAUUCAGGCCAUUGUCAUCCCCGUAGGCAUCACGGCCAAGUUGGCCGCCGAGGACCGCAAGAAGCUCGAGGAGGGCGUCGAGGACAUCCGCCACCCGCUGAAGAAGGCCGGUGUGCGCACCGAGUCCGACCACCGGUGCUACACCCCCGCCUGGAGUUCAACGACUGGAGCUGCGCGGUCCCCCGAGCUGCUCGAGACGAUCCAGUCCGACCUCUACACCAAGGCUGAGAAGUCCUUCCGCGAGCACCGCCUCAAGCUGACCAACUGGGACGAGGUUGUCCCCGCUCUUGAUGCCAAGAAUGUUGUCAUCAUUCCCUUCUGCCUUGACGGCAAGUGCGAGGACCGCAUCAAGGAGAUGACCACAAACUCGAGCCCUGAGAAUGAGGCUCUUCCCGAGGGCAAGCGUGCUCCCACAAUGGGCAUGAAGAGUCUCUGCAUUCCCUUUGAGCAGCCCGAGGGGCUCGUCGAGGGCGAGACCAAGUGUCUCAACCCCGAGUGCUCCAGUCACGCCAAGAAGUGGGUCAUGUUCGGCAGGAGCUACUAA